UUUGGAUGCAGAGGACAACACAUCAUACAUUAGUGUAGGGAACUGAUUCGGGUGGGAUCUCACAGCAUUCAAAGGUUUCACUCUGAAGAAUGGAUGAUUACAACAAUAACAGCAACAUCUAUAUCAACUACAAUGAAUACAACUUUGAAAACUAUGAGUAUUAUGAUAAAAUUGUAUUCAUCAUGAAUGUGGUGACAUGCAUAAUCAUUGCUAUCGGCUUUCCUUUGACCCUCGUGGCCAUCUAUGCUCUUUACUCUCUGGUGAGAAGUGACCAUGUUGCUCCGAUCUACGUCAUCAAUCUUCUCUUUACCGACCUCAUCCAGCUCUGCUGCAUGAUCGUUCAGGUGAAACAACCUGAGGAUUGGACGAUACUUUUCAUUUCCUUUUCUAUUUACUACUUUGUUCAGAUUGCCAGUGUUUACUUCAUGGUCUGCAUCUCCCUGGAAAGGUAUUUGGUCAUCGCCCACCCGCUGUGGUACCGCUUCAGACGAACCAUCAAGACCUCUGUGGUGGUCUGUGUCCUGGUCUGGGUCCUUACUCUUGUCUGUGUCAUCCUUUAUUAUUUCUCUGUUAAUCAUGUGGUCACAAGAAUACUCUUGGCUGUUCUCCUUACCCUUCCCUUCCCACUGUUUAUAUUCUUCCUGGUUGGGACCCUCAGAGCCCUGUCUGCUUCCGUCUCGGUCCCCUCGGAUGAUAAACGAUGGAUUUGGGGAAUUUUGGUUCUGUUGCUGCUUAUUUACACGCUGCUGUUCCUGCCUACAAUCAUUUGGUUUCUAGGAGCCCACUUUAACUAUACCCUCAUCAACCUGUCCCACAUGUUUCUUAGGUUGAGUCCUCUUGCAGACUUAGUCCUGUGUGUCUUCAUGAGGAAAGGGGCCAUAGACAAGCUUUUGGCCUCUGUGUGUUGCUGCAGAAUGGACAGCAAUCAGCAGUCAAUCAGUAUGAAUGAUGACAACAUUUCCACAGGAAGCUUAAUGUUGGCAGAGAAAGAGGGAGAGAGUGAAAGGGGAGGAAACAGGAGGAGAAAUGUAGAUGAACAGAAAGGAUAGAGACGAGACAGAUAUUGGACUUUUUACU